GGCCCAAGUUCAGCCCAACACGAGAAAUCUGAACCGACCCCCUUCCUCUGCUCCGUACUCUCUCUGUUUUCCCCUUCAGAGAUCGCGUCGCCGCUCGAAGAAAAUCGAGGGAGGGCAAGAUGCUGCAGUGCAUCUUUCUACUGUCGGAUUCCGGGGAGGUGAUGCUAGAGAAACAGAUGACGGCGCACAGGGUGGACCGCUCCAUCUGCGCUUGGUUCUGGGACUAUGUCCUCUCCCAAGGCGGCGAUUCCUCCAAGAUCUUGCCAGUGAUUGCCUCGCCGACUCAUUACCUCUUCCAAAUCUUUCGCGAGGGGAUCACCUUCCUGGCGUGCGCGCAGGUCGAGAUGCCUCCGCUCAUGGGCAUCGAGUUCCUCUGUAGAGUUGCAGAUGUUCUGACCGAUUAUCUUGGAGGAUUAAAUGAAGACUUGAUAAAGGAUAAUUUUGUAAUUGUAUAUGAGCUUUUGGAUGAAAUGAUGGACAAUGGUUUUCCUCUGACAACAGAACCAAGCAUCUUGAGGGAGAUGAUAGCUCCACCAAAUAUUGUUAGUAAGAUGUUGAGUGUUGUGACUGGUAAAAGUUCCAAUGUAAGCAAUACACUUCCAGAUGCAACAUCAUCUUUUAUUCCCUGGAGAAAAUCUGACAUGAAGAAUGCAAGCAAUGAAGUUUAUGUGAACCUUGUUGAAGAAAUGGAUGCAGUUGUAAACAGAGAAGGGGUUUUGGUGAAGUGUGAAAUCUAUGGUGAAAUUCAAGUAAACUCACACCUUCCCGGUCUUCCUGAUUUGACUCUGUCAUUUGCAAAUCCUACUAUCCUGAAUGAUGUGAGGUUCCAUCCUUGUGUUCGAUUUCGGCCUUGGGAAUCAGAUCAAACUCUGUCAUUUGUGCCUCCUGAUGGGCAGUUUAAGCUUAUGAGUUACAGGGUUAAAAAGCUGAAGAGCACACCAAUAUAUGUGAAGCCACAGCUAACUUCAGAUGCUGGAAGUUGUCGCAUUAAUGUUUUAGUUGGAAUACGCAAUGAUCCUGGAAAAACAAUUGACUCAAUUACAGUACAGUUUCAACUGCCGUUAUGUGUUGCCUCAGCAGAUUUAACCUCAAAUCAUGGCACAGUAGACAUCCUCGCUGAUAAGACCUGCAAUUGGUCAAUUGGACGAAUUCCAAAAGAUAAAUCCCCAUCUCUCUCAGGUAAUCUAGUUCUCGAGGCAGGGCUAGAUCGGUUGCAUGUAUUUCCUGUUUUCAAAGUUGGAUUCAAAAUCAUGGGGGUUGCACUCUCGGGCUUGCAAAUAGAUAAAUUAGAUAUCAAAAAUACGCCAAGCCGUCCAUACAAAGGUUUCCGAGCCCUCACUCAAGCUGGGGAGUAUGAAGUGAGGUCCUGAUAGGCACUCAUCUUAGUGCAUGCAUAACCUGUAGCUUUUAUUUUGGAAUAUCAAGUUCCAAGGCAGUUGAUAACAGGUUUCCCUGCUGCUUUAUUCAUCAACCACAUCAUGUGAAGCUCUCAGACCACCUGUUAAAUGUAUCUUGUUGUAUAUUAAUGGAAGAGCUUCCAACUAUAUCUACAGAACCUUUUAUGCUAUAAAUAUGUUGGCAUCCAUUGCCGCUUAUGUUUUGCACCAUUCAAUUGAUUAUCCAGAGCAAUGAUUCGUAACUA